AUGGCGGAAAAUUACGGCUCCGAAUAUACCAGCUCCAAGCUUACUUCCCACGGCUUGAGAUUCUACAACUGGCCAGGAGCUGGUGAGCAGGCCGCGGAGCAUUUUGGUCUCUCCCAUGCUGUGAUCAUUCCCGCAAAUGCUCGUCGCGUAUUGAUCGGAGGUCAACUUGGAAUUCGAGAUAACGGCUCCAUCCCCACAGACCCCGAGGAGGAAGCCGACAUCGCAUUCGAACAUGUUGAGCGUGCCUUGAAGGCUGCUGGCUUGGGAGAUGAUGCGUGGGAAUAUGUCUAUAAGAUCAAUACCUACGAGGUUGCAGCAGAAGGAGUUCCGGCCGGUAUUGGGAAAGCAGCUCAGAAGUAUUUGAAGAAGACCCGCCCGGCGUGGACUGGGGUGUAUGUUGCCGCGCUCGUGAUGCCAGGUCUCCAUCUAGAGAUUGAAGUUGAGGCUUAUCUUCCAAACUGA